CGUCACCAGCUGCUCUUGGAUGCGCUGUGCGUGCUGAUGGCAGGAGCGACACAUGUCCCAGUCAUCUGCAUUGGAUCUGCUGAUUCUCUUUCGCUCUCUCCUCUCCUGCAUUCACACCAUAAUUGAUCGCAUAGCACGGGAAUAGCGUGAGAACAUGUCCCAAGCAGUAUCAUCCAAGACGGCGGCGGCCUACUUGAUCGACCCAUUGAACGCACCCGAGCCAUCCGCCGAGACAGGACCAGGCACAUCGUUCGGCAGCACCUUCGAUCCCGCACAGAAAGCCAAUGCUCCCUCGAUUACCCAGCAGCCCACGGGCUCGACGAUAGGAUCGAACAAUCCCUAUCGCAAGUCCUCCGGUCCACGCACUCCACCCGGCGCGAGCCCCAGCACGAGGAAACAUCAGAGUCGCAGCCCGCGUGAGGCAUUCCCCAACUAUCGCGCCGAAGCCUUCUCCGACUAUGCUUCCCCACGACGUCACUCCUCCAGCAACGGCAAUGGCGACGCGCCUCCUUCCUACGACCAGACCACCUCGCCGAAACGCGAAACCCGCCAUCGCCGCCGCACGAGCUCGUUGACGGCACGUUACCCAGGUGACAACAGCCAUCAGCCACUGGACAUCAUUCGACGGGACAGCAAGAAAGCCCAUCGCAGCCCGCAUCUUAAGAAGAAGCACCUGCCAGGCCCAGACACCAUCGAUCGCCUCGACCCAGCCAUCAGCGGUAUUGCCUACCACCACGAAGGUCCAUACGAUGCAGCACUGCUGGCAAGAAACAAUAGUUUUGAGAUUUCGCCCGUCGCGGCUGUACAGCACGGCAAUGCGGAGACCUUGAAGGCGACGCCUGCCGAGAACAUUAAAGAUGCGAUCGAGAGGCACCGUCCGUUGGAUGGCGUGGCACAGCUUCCUCCGGGCGUUCCGGACCGCUUGGGGCGAGUCUACCGCUACGAGGAAGGUGCAGAUCUGAUGCACGAGGACGGUCCGGACGGUCCCGGCUAUAAGAGGUGGGCCGGCAAGGACUAUCAUCCCGACGAUCUCAAAGGCAAAGGUGAUGAAUUCGUGCUCGACAGAGCCAUGAAGAACCACACGAUCAACGAGAAUGGUAUCGAAAUGUCAGACAAGAAGCGCUCCAAGGAUGGCUACGAUCCCGUCAACAUCUCUGGUGAUGAGCCAUACGCUGAUUACGCAAAUACCCACGACGCUGACACCGGUCGCAAUCGCAGCGACAGUGGUGGUCUUCGUGCUGGGCUGAAGAAGCGCAUCGGAAGCUUGCGCAAGAAGAACAGAGCGGCGAGUUAGGUUCGACUGUCGAGAAAUUACCUGGACUUCAUGGAAUGUACGAUACUAGAUUGUAUGAUUAUGGCGGCACAAGUGGGAACUCACGAUGUAUGGGCAAAUAGAGCGGGCAUAGCGAUGCAGCUAUGACAGAAUGUGAACAAACUUACAUUGA